GAUGGAUCACUACAUAUAUAAAACAGAAUAGGUUGUAGAGACAGUUCUUAUAUUUGUAAUUAAACACGUUUUAUCAACUACCGGUGCAUUCGAGUUCCCACCCACGUGCGAAUAUUUAGCAGUGGAUAUGAUAAUGUCCUUUUCACGAGUAUGUGAAAGAAACAUACUUCGCUUUAUCAUGUGAGAAGUGACACAGCAGUAUUAUGUUUAACGGACUUAAUUUGAUUGUUUUUAUGCAGUUACAAAGUAUAUGGUUGAUACAGGACUAGGACUAACCAACGAAACGGUUUUCUUAUGUAUGUUCAAUAUUUUUAAUAACAGUUUGAAAUUAAAACAUAGUCCCCCACACGUUGUAAGAUACCCAUUAUUGCAGCUUACCUUCCACGAAGCGAAACGGAUAUGGACUAAGAAAUAUUCAUGUGUCACUGUCGAUGAUAAGGUGCCAUCUGAAAUUUUAUCAAAGCUAAAGAUAGCAUACUGAGCGAUACAAACGUGUAUGUACUAUGGUAGUUGUAAAUAUUAGUAUUUGAAGACUUGAUGUAAUGGGAAAUUUUGGAAAACUUAAAAAAAAUAAUAUUUUUAAUGUGUGGGAUGUUUUAGAUUUCUACAAUUUGUUUUGACACUGUUCACAAACAGUUUUCAAAUAAGCCUGGGUUCUUCAGUCGUUGCCAGUCAUGUAAUAUGCUUUGUGCAUUCACGUAACACGUGUUCUAGUGUAUGUGUUCUCGUAUAAGUGCUGAGAAAAGAUGCUGUGAAUGAGGCCACUGGUAGCUGUUGCUGUAGCCACAGUGGUAGCGCACAUAAAGACACUCUGUCCAGUCAUGGGCUAAAUAUUCUAUUCAGUUGCGACUAUACCCAAAGAAAUUAAUAAGAAAUUAAUAUUAGUAAAUAAAUUGAGAUUCCUAUUAAUGAAAUAUAAAUAAAAGAAUGGCAAGUAAAAGAAAUGAAGGUUAAGUGACAUAUCCUGAUAGGAGGACUACUAGACAAACAGACCACUAGAAAAGUAUAUUUGGGAGAUCAUAUUUUCUGUAACAGUGUCGUCCGAUCUCUGAAACUUUUAGUAAUAUUAAAGUAAAGUCAUGGCAGGGGACAUCAGGAAUGGGCUUCAUACAUUGUACCCAUGGGAGAAAUCAAACGCAGGUCUCUGAUGUGAUGAGCGAACUCUGUAACCGCUUGGCUACUCCUUUUCUGUAACAAGCAUGAGAAUCACUAUAUUGUGAUUUAAGUAGGUUAUGUUAGACUCUACUGCAUGUAUUUAAAAUAACUCGAAUAACAUCUGUUUUGUCACUUUGAAAAACCCUACAAUGGAUGGAUAUGGCUCAUAUGAAAGAAAAGCAGUGCUCUGUUCUGUGAAAAUAACUUUGUGCAAAGAAUGACGUAACCUUUGGUCCCAUACUCCGAUAGUCCAAGGUUAUAAGAUUCUGGAAGAAACCUUUAUGAACGGGGGCCAUAUGCCUGGAGUCAUUAUUCGCUGUCAGGUUUAUGGCAUGUUAGUUUUCCACAAUGAGCUAACAGUAAAUGAAAGAUUGUGAGGUCAAAUGCAUGCAAGUGAAUAAAUUGCUUUCACAGUUUGUUUUUUUAGGUGCGCUCACAUUUGUAUAGACAUUUCAGUCCUGCCUAUUCAUAAAGUCAAGUAGGUAUUUACAGAAUGUAAUAGGUGCCACUCCUUGCAACUGAACAGAAUUGUGUAGUUUUUCAUUUCUGUACACCAGCAGUAUACACGUUUGCAAUCUAGAUGUAUAGUAUUACCAGAAUAAGAAUGAAAUAAUUUUCUGAUAUUUGAACAUUAUUAUUAUUAUUCAUACUGAUUGGUCAUUUGAGAUCAUGACGACACAGUGCUUCAAUAAUAAGAAAAAUAUGAUGGCAUCCAUUGUUCAUGAUGUCACAAUUUGAUUGUUAUGUCAUCUGAACAGAAAGGUGCCUUUUUGUGAAGUUUUUCUUCAGGGUUGAAUUUUAGAUAUUCCUUUUUAUUGUCUCGUGAAAUAAUAUGCUAUAAAGUCAGAAUUACUGAUUAUCUGUCUUUUUUGUGAUUGAACGUGGUAUGUUUCUGUAAGUUAUGACUCAGAAGUAACACAAUUCAUUCACUAGCGAGGGAGAAUCUGUAUUUUCCGAUAUCUUCUUGAUUAUUCUCUAAAUAUCCCCAUUCACAUAUAUUUAUAACUGAUGAAAAUGUUACUUUUGUUUUAUGAUCGAUUGAAUUGUUUUCAAGUUCAUUCCCCAUUUUUUACAUGUAUGUGAUACUUUGAUCCUUUGUUCACUAUACUUCAGUACUGCAUGUGAAUUUUUUUGUGUAGUGUGUUUCAUCAUCCUUUUGUUUCUCCAUCAGAUAUUUUUUUCCUCAAUCACUUGGGGAUCUUACAACUCGGUAUCUCAGAUUCAGACAUAAUUCAGAGCUUUUUUUUGCCGUCCAAAUAGGAGGAUAAGGUAUCGCUACAUUGAAUUUUUUUCCUUUUUUUUUCAUUUUUCCUCUUCACUAUGGCCUCUGGAAGACGUCAGGUUGUCUGUCUGAAGACCCUCUCGGCUAACUAUCACAAUGGCAGACAACUCCAACCACGAACCUUAUCAUCAACUACCUGCCACAAACCUUAUCAGGACGAAGAGUUUGGUCCAUGUUCCUAAGUAUUGGUCCUAUCAAGUCCUGCAAGAUCGUCCGUGACAAGUCAUCUGGGUACAGCUACGGUUUUGGCUUUGUCGAUCUACUGAAGAUGAAGAUGAUGCGCAUAACGUGCAAUUAAGACAUUGAAUGGGCUGCAGAUGCAAAAUAAAAAGAUCAAAGUUGCUUUGGCCCGACAUGGAGGUGAUGCCAUCAAGGGGGCGAACCUGUACGUGCGGAAUCUCCCCAGGGAGUGGAGAGAGGAGGAGGUUCAUUCUUACUUCCAGCCUUACGGCAAAAUCAUCCAGACACGAGUUCUGGUUGACCCCAAUACAGGUGUGUCCAAAAGGGUAGGCUUUGUUCUGUAUGACACAAGAUCAGAGGCAGAAGCAGCAUGUAGUGCCCUGGGAGGAAAGAACCCACCUGGUUCAAAUGAGGCCUUACUUGUAAAAUUUGCUGAUGAUAACGCAAAGAAGCUCCGCCCACCUCCCGGGUACCAGCAUGGUCCUCAGCAUCAUUCUGCCGGCUACAGCAAUCGAUUUCCCUCCCCCGGACCCAUGCGCAACCAACGGAACCGUUUCCACUUCAACCCCAUGGGUCAAGCUCAUCCAGGACAAGGCCCUUACAACCAGCCCGGGGGUCAUAUCCUGUUUGUGUACAACAUUGGAACUGAUGCUGAUGAGAAGCUGUUGUGGCAGUUGUUUGCCCCGUGUGGCACCGUGCAAAAGGUUAACGUUAUAAUGGACACAGGGAAAGGUUGUUGCAAGGGCUAUGGGUUUGUUACUAUGACAAACUACGAGGAGGCUGAGUACGCCAUUGAGUGCUACAACGGUUACUGGCUCAAGGGUCGUCAGCUGCAGGUGUCCUUCAAGAACUAAGUGACCGGUCUCCUGAUGGUCAAAUAGCUUUACCUACCAUGCAUAAAGAUGUGCUGUUACUUCGCUGUUACUCUUAUGUUUUGGACAAUCAAUCACGCCAAAUGUAAACAUGUAAGAUGAUUUUGCUUGUGACCUGAAUCAUAUUCAAUGUGUAAUACUGUAUUCAAUAUAUUAAGCGUCAGUGGAUAAGGAGUCGUAUUCAUUGGGUGGAUGCUCGAUAAAGACAGUCAUAAUCAUUUGUUAAUGCUACGUGGUUUGAGUAUUUUGCUGUAUGAUGGUAAUAAAUAGUUUGGUGAGUGUUAUUUGAACACGUUCAAAGGACUAGCUUGUUAGUGGGGCAAUGGGGUAGCCUUGUGGGUAAAGCAUUCCCUCGUCACGCCAAGGUUCCAGGUUCGAUUCCCAACAUGGGUACAGUAUGUGAAGCUCAUUUCAGGUGUCGCCUGCAAUGAUAUUGUUGGAAUAUUGCUAAAAGCAACAUGAAAUUAGACUCGCUCAUCCACUGGAUGGUUAUAGUGUUCGAUUAACAGGUUCGAUUCCGAUCUCAUGCCCACCUUUAUUCUUCAUGUCUGAUGAGAAAUGAUAAGCCGUUUCCUUAUCUCAAUAUUCCCCUCUUCUGUAAAUACACACCUUCGUGUGACUAAAAAAAAAGAAUACUCUUGGUCUUUCACCCUCGUGGAAUAACAAGGUCAGCUUGAUCUUUCUUCAUCUGCAUCUAUUAAAAAAUUGUUGACGAAGAAUUUUACUCUUAUGUACGUCAUAGGUGCAGUGGGGUAGCCUGAGGGUUAACAGAUGAAGAUUCAGGUUCGAUUCCCCACAUGGGUACAAUGUGUGAAGGCCAUUUCUGGUGUCCCUCACCCAGAUAUUGCUGGAAUAUUACUAAAAGGGGCAUAAAACAAUAUUAUCUACGACAUAAAUUGAUAGAUAUAUAGGCUAUUACUAAGUGAUCGAAAUCUAGUUUCUUUGCCCACCCACUCUUCUGGUUACAGUGAGAAACACAGAAAUAAAAUACAGAUGGCCUAAUAUUGCUGAAAUACAUUAAAGGAAUGAAGCUCCACCCAUAAUUUGCUAGAGAAAGGGUAUUUGGUAGAUCUGGACGAUUAGUACAUUGAAUGCAGUUGAACACAGUAUGUGAGUUGAGAGAAACUGUUUCAGUUUUUUUCGUGUUUGUAGCCUCAAUUGGAAAAUGGUUCCAAGUAAUUUUUCUGUUUCAUUGUUUCAUUGUGUACAUGUGGGCAUUAUCUGGGUUUUUUCCUAUCGAGAUUAAUCAACACUAAUCAGUUCAAGAUAAUCAAUUAACCUUAUUAGAUUUCAUUUGAGAGGAUACUCCCUGUUAUUCUUGAUGGACAAUAAUUCAACUUAUUCUGUCCCUUUGUGUUGACUAUGUAGAGUGGUAUGUGAUUUAUGGCAGUAUUUUGAUUCUGUGAUUAUAUUUCUUGUCCCCACUCUUGGUGUUACAGCUUGGCUGCUGUGAUUAUAUUUCUUGUCCCCACUCUUGGUGUUACAGCUUGGCUGCUGCGGUAUUAAACAUUUGUCUCAUCAGUGGUAUAAACAUGUGGUUUGGAAUAGACACACACAAGAUAGGGAUCCUGAUUCUGGGUCGAACAGGUUCUCCCUAAGAUGUGUAGUAGCAACUGAGUGGAUUGGGACGUGAGGCUGGGGGAAUCUUUACUGAAUCUUUGCAGGUGUACUUGUAAUAUUAUUUAGUUUUUUUUCGUUAAGAGUACUUUGUUUUUGCGAACCACAACUUAUUUUCCUGUCUGUUAGUGUGUGCAAGGGAUGUGAGAGUAAACAUUAAGCCUGACACGACAUUCCACUCUACAGGAUGUUAAGGGGUGGAGAAAUAUAUGUCAAAAAAGUUUUAACAUUCUGACUUCUUUACAGCUAACAUAUCCAAAAAUCAGUUCUGUGCACUUAACAGCAGUGACAGUGUUUUAGUGACUUUUUAAAACUGUUUAAACACUGAUUCGUUUUGGGAUUGUCAUGGAAACAGAUAUGACAGGCAACAGAGUUGUUCUUUUUAAUCCUGUCCAGGUAGACUACUUUGGUGUUACAAUAAAUUAAUAAUUAUGGAUGUUUGACUUGGAAAUACUUCUCCACUCCUUUAGAUAUUAACAUGUUUUAUCUGAACAACCGUUCCAGUAAGCUUUAAGCACAACCCACUCACUCCAUUGGGCAUUAAUGCUGUGUUAUCAAUGAAAUACUGUUCAUAUAGGCUUAAAGCACAACCUGUUGUACGCUGAGUCUUGAAUAAGCAAUACAUGUCCAGUUAACUUGUCUUACAAAUGAUCAGGAGCAGAAGGUUAUGAAUGUGAUAAUAACCUGAGAUGCCUUUCGUAAGUGGCAUAGUGAUCUAAGCUUCUCUGUAAGUAACUGAUGUCAUAAUGAUAAAUGUUGUCCAGGGAGAUGUUACUUCUGGAAGUGUCAGUUGGAUGCAUUAUUUGAAGCGCUUGGAGAGUGAAAAAUAUUAAAAUGAAACGUUCACAUUGUAUAUCGAGUUUACCCUCUGCUGACUUUCCAAUAAAGACACGAGUAUUAAUGCAGACUAAA